CUCACCCUCACUCGCUAAUUAAACACUGUCCCCACUGGGUGGCACUCGAUCGCCUCCUCUCUUUGCUUUUUUGCGCUUCUUUUCCUCUCUCUUUUGCCUUGUCUCUUUCAUCUUUCCCAUCUUUCACUCUCACGCUCAAAGCGCAAAGCGCAGUGCUUUUUGCUCAUACACACUGAAGAGUGAAGAGCAUCUCUCUCGCUCCAUAUCAGUCCCACUUCUGCUUGUGCAUUAGGGUUUCUGGCGAUGCUGAAAGCUUAAAUCUUGUAGUUCUGAGCUGUUCCUGGGGUUCAUUUUGAGCACAGAAGUAAUGGGCAAGAAUGUACUAUUUCUGGGUCUCGCUCUCUUGCUUAUUUUUGGAGGUGUCUCGGCAGCUUCUACUACUCCUGCAAAGAUUGUUAAUGGGUUUUUCUCAAAUGCCGUAUCUGUGUUUAUGAAAUGGUUGUGGUCACUCAAAUCAACCACCAAAACAGCAAUUCCUGGCCGUCCGAUGAUGAAGUUUGAGAGUGGGUUUACUGUGGAGACGGUGUUUGAUGGAAGCAAGCUUGGAAUUGAGCCUUACUCAGUUGAGGUGUUGCCCAGUGGAGAGCUUUUGAUUCUGGACUCUGCUAAUAGUAAUCUCUAUAGAAUAUCUGCGUCUCUUUCUCUCUAUAGCAGACCAAAGCUGGUUGCAGGAUCCCCUGAAGGUUAUUCUGGACAUGUAGAUGGGAAACCCAGAGAGGUGAGGAUGAACCAGCCAAAGGGGCUUACAGUUGAUGACAGAGGAAACAUUUAUAUCGCAGACACUAUGAAUAUGGCUAUCAGGAAGAUAAGUGAUACUGGGGUUACAACGAUUGCAGGAGGAAAAUUGGGCCGUGGAGGGGGUCAUGUUGAUGGACCAAGUGAAGAUGCAAAAUUUUCUAAUGACUUUGAUGUGGUUUACAUUGGUAGCAGUUGCUCCCUUCUUGUCAUAGACAGAGGAAACCAGGCUAUCAGGGAGAUCCAACUCCACUUCGAUGAUUGUGCUUAUCAAUAUGGAAAUGGUUUUCCUCUUGGAAUUGCAAUGCUUGUGGGGGCUGGCUUCUUUGGUUACAUGCUGGCAUUGCUGCAACGUAGAGUGGGUACAAUUGUGUCUUCCCAGAAUGAUCAAAAUGCAACAAAGAUGAUCAUCCCGCCAAGUCCAUAUCAGAAGCCUCUAAAGUCAGUCAGGCCACCAUUAAUCCCAACAGAAGAUGAACUGGAGAAGCACGAAGAAGGCUUCUUUGGAUCCAUCGGAAAGCUUCUUGUCAACACAGGGGCAUCAGUAGCGGAGAUUCUGGGAGGAAUCUUUCCUGGGUUUAGAAAGAAGCCACUAAGCCAUCAAUAUCAAAGCCAUCAUCAGCAACUAAAGCAGUCAAAUGGUUGGCCCAUGCAGGAGAGCUUUGUGAUACCUGAUGAAGAUGAGCCUCCUUCAAUUGACACCAGAACCCCCACUCCACGUAAAACCUACGCUUUUAUGUCCAAGGAUGCAGACAAGAUGCACCAAUUGCGGCAAAGCCGAGUUUUUUCUAAUGGGUGGGAUAGCGAUCUUCAGCAGCAGAAACAGCAGCAUCAUCAUAGGUAUCAUUCAUCCAUCCCACACACUUACUAUGAGCAGAGCUGUGAGAAAACCAAUGAGAUUGUUUUUGGGGCAGUUCAAGAGCAGGAUGGAAAACGUGAAGCUACGGUGAUAAAGCCGGUUGUUGAUUAUGGAGAUCCCAUGUCUGAUCAUCAUCACAGCAUUCGUGCUCGAAGUAAUUCUAUGGGCUAUCCGGGCUAUCGCCAUGGCUAUUCAUCGUAUACAUAAAAGAGAUCUCAUAGUUUUGACCUUGUUCCAUCUGAAUAUUAGCCCUUCGAAAUUUAGGUUAUAGCCUUAUAAGUUACAGGUUGCUGUUGGGAGCUUUGCAAGUGGGAGAUUUAUUUACUCAGUCUGGCCAAGAUAUUGAAGGCCGUUGUUUGAUAUCACUUUUUAUGAUAUUGCUGUCCAAGUUUUUAGAA